AUGCGCCUGACCGGACGGGCUCCCCGCCCCUCAUGGGUGGGCCUCUUAACAGCCUCGUUUAUGGGGUUGCAGGCUGUUGGGGCUGUUGAGUUAAAUCUCGAUGACGACCUCUCUAUCAAGAAGGCCUCAAAGCAGGUCGCCACCAACAUGAUGAGUUACUACACCGGUAUGAACCCUGGUGAUAACCCAGGUAACUUGCCCGAUCCAUAUUAUUGGUGGGAGGCUGGUGCCAUGUUCGGCGCGCUAGUCGACUACUGGUUCUUCACCGGUGACACACAAUGGAACAACAUCACCAUUCAGGGUAUGCUGUGGCAGGCCGGUGACAACGGAGCCUUCAUGCCCAGUAACCAGAGUAAGACGGAAGGAAACGACGAUCAAGCAUUUUGGGGGUUCGCUGCAAUGUCUGCUGCCGAGCGCAACUUCCCCAACCCUCCCGCCGACAAGCCUCAAUGGCUCGAGAUGGCCCAGGCUGUUUUCAACACGCAGGCGUCACGAUGGGACCCUGGUACAUGCGGUGGUGGACUUCGUUGGCAGAUCUUCACCUGGAACAACGGCUAUAGUUACAAGAACACCAUCUCUACGGGCGGCUUUUUUAAUAUCGCUUCGCGCCUGUACAAGUAUACCGGCAACCAAACGUAUGCGGAUUGGGCAGAGAAAGCCUGGGACUGGACCAAACAAGUCGGCUUCAUGACCGACACCUAUCAUUUCUGGGAUGGCGCAAGCGAUCUGACGGGCUGCAAAGAUAUGAACAAGAUCGAGUGGACAUACAACACUGGCGUCUACUUGCUCGGCGCAGCCAGCAUGUACAAUGCAACUGAAGACCCCAAGUGGAAGUACCGGGUUCAACAGGUCCUCAAUGCCUCCGACGUCUUCUUUGCGACGAACCCAGUAAACGUCAUGUACGAGCGUGCCUGUGAAACAGUCAACACAUGCAUGGUGGAUCAGCGCUCGUUCAAGGGUUAUCUCGCACGAUGGAUGGCUGCCACCACUCAGAUGGCGCCAUUUACCUACGACCAGAUCAUGCCCAAACUGAGGGCCACCGCCGAGGCAGCGGCCAAGAGUUGUACUGGUGGAAGUGAAGGGACAACCUGUGGCCUGAAAUGGACAGAACAGAAAUGGGAUAACACCAAGGAUUUCGGUCAACAGAUGGCCUCUCUGGACGUAAUUCAGGCGAACCUCAUCACGCAUGUGGCUCCCCCCGUUACCAGUCACGAUGGCGGUACCAGCAAAGGAAAUCCCGAUGCCGGUGGUAAACCCAAGGAGCCAAUGCCAAAGGCUCUGUCAUUUUCCAUCACCACCGCCGAUAAAGCAGGCGCCGGUAUCUUAACAGCCAUGACGAUGGUCAUGAUUGGGGGAUCCUGCGGAUGGUUGAUCUGGGAUUGA